CGAAUAUAUUAAAAUAUCGCCGUCAUUUCUGUUAGCGUUAAACCCACAGGAAACACUGAUGACUAGUUAAGUUCUCGAUGGUGCAGUCGCACGUCGAUGACAAUAUACCAAACGCGUUUGGACACGACAGUGGAAUGUUGCUCAAUCGGUUUUAGUGUGACGCCGUGACGUGGGGUCCCGAACCGUCAGUUUAUAGAAGGAAGCGCUGAGACAUCAGAGAGGAGAUAGCGUGUGUACCAGCUGAUCAGAAGUGAAGAUGGCAGAGGGAAAACAACAAGGUGCCAACAUUGGGGGCAACAUUGGCGCGGGAGCUGGCAUCCUGGCCAAACGCUUUCAGAAAUCAAUGAACCGAGCACAAGAGAAGGUCCUGCAGAAGCUGGGCAAAGCCAUGGAGACCAAAGAUGAGCAGUUUGAGGAGUGCUCUGCCAACUUGAACAAACAGCAGACAGAUGGCGUCAGACUCUAUAAGGAUGUUAAAGCGUACUACAAUGCGGUUAAAGUGAUGCAUGAAUCAUCCAAGCGCCUGUCUCAGACUCUUAAAGAUAUCUAUGAACCAGACUGGCAUGGUGUUGAAGAUCUGACUGUCAUUAUUGAGAGUGAGGAUCUCCUGUGGAAUGACUAUGAGGAGAAGCUGAGUGAUCAAGUCGUUCGAACAAUGGAGAAUUACACUGGACAGUUUCAAGAUGUCAAAGAAAGAGUGGCUAAACGAGGAAGGAAGCUGGUUGAUUAUGAUUCAGCUCGUCAUCAUCUGGAGGCGCUACAGAACACCAAGAAGAGAGAUGAGGCCAAAAUAUCCAAGGCUGAGGAGGAGUUCAAUAAAGCCCAGGAGGUGUUUGAAGACAUUAACAAGGAGUUAAGAGAGGAGCUGCCUGUCCUCUAUCAAAGCCGUAUAAGCUGCUAUGUCACCAUGUUCCAGAACAUCUCAAACCUGCGGGAUGUCUUCUACAAGGAAAUGAGUGUGUUAAAUCACAAUAUUUAUAAUAUGAUGAAGAAGCUUGAGGAUCAACACUCCACCAAACCCUUCAUCGUCAAAGGCCUUAACAGCUCUAAAUCUAAGAAGAGAAAGUCUGUCACAAUCUCCGCGCCCAUCCCCUGUAACACCGCCUUCCCUCCUGAUCAUCCAGCCAUGAGCAAGCUCAGCAUGCCCAGCAUGCCCGACACCCUCACGGACACACGCUCACACACUUCCUCAAAGAGCACAGGAAGCACAGCAUCUGAAAUAUCGGACUCCGAGACGAACUCUUUUGACAGUGAACCCAACACACCCAAACGGCAGUCUUUGUGUUCGGAGGGAGAAGGGGUUCGAUCUGUGGGAGCCACUGAAAACAUAUCAGAAAGUACCACUGAUGAGUCUGUGCAAGCAAACGGCCAGGAACAUCAAGGUUCGGUGUCCGCAGAGCACGGUGAAGUGGAGGAAAGUAAAUCGGAAGCAUCAUCAGAAGAUGCCCAUCAUGCAUCUACAGAUGGAGACAAUGAGGCUAAGCCCUUAUCGGGCAAUGAAGACAAAAUUGUACCUGUCCCCAUUCCUCGAAAAUCCAGCAUCUCCAAGAAAAAUGAAGGAGAGACGGAUCAAAAUACAGUGGGAAGCAAUAAAAUAGACAGAGCAAAGGAAGACGUUAUAACCCAAAAGGCCGAGUAUGAAAAUCCUCCUGGCUUCCUCUAUAAGGCUGUUGCUCUGGAGAAUCAGGACUCAGAUGAAGGUGUGCUUCUGCUGUUUGAACAGGGAGAUGUGAUCCUUAUAUAUGUCGAUGAAGAAGAAAAGCCGGAGGGCACUGUCUGGGGCGUGAGGGAGCAGGACUGGAUCCAGUACAAGGAUCUCACACUUCUCUCUGGCAUUGUCAAAGAAACCGCGAUUGAACGCAUCACCUCUGAUUAAGAUAUCUGUCAUGAUGAGGGUGAACCCGACGUCCCUUAAGUGCCCGUCUGAGUGCACUUACGACUGGAUGUCGUAAUGUGAACUUUGUCUGCCCUUUCCGCUAGACAUGAAAUACACUUCGACUUCUUUAGUAUAUGGUGUCUUUACAACUUCCUGUUGCAUCCUCAAGACUGCAUAGCCUUUGUUUUUUGUUUUCAGAUUUUCUUUGUGCCUUUCUUACUUUUAUAGAUUCGAAUUUUGAUCACUGGCUUUAUGCAUCAUUCAUGCAGUUGUAUCUUCACAGUUUCAUUCUUAUGAAUGAAGCCACAUUAUUUGUAUCAGAAAAAAAGUGCAUAUUUUGCAAAAAUAUUUCAAAACAAGCAAUGCAUAUUAAUACACUUUCUGGUGUUUUCUUGAACUAGCUGUGGUCUAUUCUCUAUGUGUGUAUUAACAGUGUAAUGUUAUUGUCAAUGUUGUUUCUUUUAUAACUCAGUGUUAAAGAUUGACUACCAAGCUUUUUACAGUGUUUACAGGACCAAAAAAUGUGUUUAUGUGAGUAUUACUUUGAAACCAUUUUCUUAAAUGAACAGAGAAAAUCUAUUGUUUUACUAUAAUAAAGUUCUAUAUUGAAUUGUUACUAUA